CUUCUUUUUGCAUUCGGCUACUGAGAUAGCCUCUUGUGGACAAUUCGUCACUACCAUCGAACGAAUAUUAUACAUUAUAUUAUCAUUAUUACCAAGUCCAAGUAUCUAAAAUGAAUUUAGCGUAUGUUGAUACUCCACUCAUUCAUGUGUUGUUUUUUUGCAUGUGAAGGUAUGGAUGAAUAUGAGACUCAAUUCUUUGUUCUUUUGAACGUUUGGAUUAUAAUGGCACAAGUCUUUACUAUGAAUGCACAAUUGUUGAGGUAUAGACAACAACAAAGGAGACAACGGGAAAUAGCUAGUUUAGAGCAGAGGACAUUUGUUAGACUUCAUGUUAGGAGAGAGGAAAUAAAUCGUAUCACGCGAUUGAGUGAUACUAACUGUUUGUGGGAGCUACGAAUGGAUAGGAAUGCAUUUGCAGUUUUAUGUGAUUUACUACAAACUCGUGGUGGAUUGGUAGAUGAUGGUCAUGUUACAAUAGAGGAGCAAGUAGCUACUUUUGUUAACAUAUUAGCCCACCACAAUAAAAAUAGGUCAAUGCAAGUUAGAUUUUUUAGGUCUGGUGAAACUAUUAGUCGAUAUGUCCGUAGAGUAUUGCAUGCAUUACUCAGUUUGCAAGAUGUGUUGUUUGCAAAACCAACCCCUAUCCCAGAGGAUUGCACGGAAUCGAGAUGGAAAUGCUUUAAGGGUUGCUUAGGAGCGCUCGAUGGAACAUACAUAGGGGUCACUGUGCCUGAUGCCGAUAGACCAAGAUAUAGAACAAGGAAGGGUCAUAUAGCAACUAAUGUGUUAGGCGUAUGCACACACGACCUCAAAUUCGUAUAUGUGUUAUCCGGUUGGGAGGGAUCAGCUAUUGAUUCGAGAGUUCUUGGUGACGCUGUUACUAGAGCUAAUGGCCUCAAGGUCCCAACUGGUUCAUAUUAUUUGGUUGAUUCCGGAUAUACGAAUGGUGAGGGUUUUCUGGCACCGUAUAGAGGCACUAGAUACCAUUUGCAAGAGUGGGAAAACAAUUCACGGGCACCUAGGAAUCAUGAAGAAUAUUUUAAUAUGAAACACUCACGUGCUAGGAAUGUCAUUGAGAGAUGUUUUGGCCUCCUCAAACGACGUUGGGCUAUCUUACGAAGUCCUUCCCACUAUCCAAUCAAGAUUCAGGGACGAAUGAUCACCGCAUGUAGUUUACUUCAUAAUUUUAUCAGAAUGUAUAUGGCAGUUGAUCCUGAAGAAAAUGCAAGGCUUGCAUUUGAUGAAUUACCUAUAGGGGAAGAUUUACCAGAAGUAUUAGCCUACAUUGAAACCGUUGAGUCAAGCCAAAUAUGGACUCAAUGGAGGGAUGAUCUUGCAAGAGAAAUAUAUGAUGAGUGGAGAGGAAGAAGGGCUUGAAAAUUGGUUAACAUGGUAGUUGUUGUAAUUGUCUUUUAGAUGGGGACUCAAUUUAGUUGUUGUAAUUGGCUUGAAAAUUCGUAACAUCAAGACCAUUGAGAUGUUUGUUAUUGUAAUAUGGUAAUUGGGAGUUAUCUAGAUGUUAUGGCUUAUUUGAUAUGUUUAUUUGUGUUACUAAAUUUUAA